AGAGGAGGCGGAAGUAGGGUCCUCCGCGGCUGGGGCUGGCAGUCCGGGCGGCCCCCGGGACGCAGCAACAGCGGCCUACGGGGGCCGGGAGGUAGGCUUCCGGGCUGCCUGGGCUCAGAGCGCGGUGCAGGACUUCUCCCGGCGUCGUGCCGAGCGGAGUCUUGCGGCCGGGUGGAGUCGGCGGCCCAGCGGACGAGAGCGAGGACUGUUGCUAAUCACGUUACUAUGAGUCUGCUAAACUGUGAAAACAGCUGUGGAUCCAGCCAGUCUGAAGGUGACUGCUGUGCAGCCAUGGCCAGCUCCUGUAGCACUGCAGCAAAAGACGACAGUGUGAGUGGAACUGCCAGCACAGGGAACCUCUCCAGCUCUUUUGUAGAAGAGAUCCAGGGGUAUGAUGUGGAGUUUGACCCACCCCUGGAAAGCAAGUAUGAAUGCCCCAUCUGCUUGAUGGCGUUACGGGAAGCAGUGCAAACACCCUGUGGCCACAGGUUCUGCAAAGCCUGUAUCAUCAAAUCAAUAAGGGAUGCAGGUCACAAAUGUCCAGUUGACAAUGAAAUACUGCUGGAAAAUCAACUAUUUCCUGACAACUUUGCAAAACGAGAGAUUCUUUCUCUGAUGGUGAAGUGUCCAAAUGAAGGUUGUUUGCACAAGAUGGAGCUGAGGCAUCUUGAGGAUCACCAAGCACAUUGUGAGUUUGCUCUCAUGAAUUGUCUCCAAUGUCAGCAUCUCUUCCAAAAAUGCCAACUUAAUAUUCACAUUCUCAAGGAGUGCCCAAGGAGACAGGUUUCUUGUAUAAACUGUGCUGCAUUGAUGGCAUUUGAAGAAAAAGAGAUCCAUGAUCAGACCUGUCCUUUGGCAAAUGUCAUCUGUGAAUACUGUGAUACCAUGCUCAUCAGAGAACAGAUGCAGAGGAAUCACUUGGCACGCCAUCUACAAGAGAAUACUCAGUCACACAUGAGAAUGUUGGCCCAGGCUGUGCAGAGCUUAAGCCUUGCUUUAGCUCCCAUGCCUCCCAUACGUGAUAUGUUUCCAUAUGAUUCUGCCCCUGUGUCCCGGGCUUCCUCUGGAUGUCACCCAGAGGUCGAGAAUUUCCAUGAAAUCAUUCAACAGUUAGAGGGUCGCCUUGUAAGACAAGACCAUCAAAUCCGAGAGCUGACUGCUAAAAUGGAAACACAGAGCAUGUAUGUAAAUGAGCUCAAACGAACUAUUCGAACACUUGAAGACAAAGUUGCCGAAAUAGAAGCACAGCAGUGCAAUGGGAUUUACAUCUGGAAGAUUGGUAACUUUGGGAUGCACUUGAAAUCUCAAGAAGAGGAGAAACCUGUUGUCAUUCAUAGCCCUGGAUUCUACACAGGCAAACCCGGGUACAAACUGUGCAUGCGCCUGCACCUUCAGCUUCCAAAUGCCCAGCGCUGUGCAAACUACAUAUCCCUUUUUGUCCACACAAUGCAAGGGGAGUAUGACAGCCACCUCCCUUGGCCCUUCCAGGGUACAAUACGCCUUACAAUUCUUGAUCAGUCUGAAGCACCUAUAAGGCAAAACCAUGAAGAGAUAAUGGAUGCCAAACCAGAGCUGCUUGCCUUCCAGAGACCCACAAUCCCACGGAACCCAAAAGGUUUUGGCUAUGUGACUUUUAUGCACCUAGAAGCCCUAAGACAAAGAACCUUCAUUAAGGAUGAUACUUUGUUAGUACGCUGUGAGGUCUCCACCCGCUUCGACAUGGGUAGUCUUCGGAGGGAGGGUUUCCAGCCACGGAGUACUGAUGCAGGGGUAUAGCAUCCUGGUGUUCGUUCAAAACAAAACCAAAAAUACCCCAUCUGGAGAAAACAGUGUCUUUCCGUGCCCUGUUCUCAAUAAUAUGCAAGCAAGAAAAGCAGUGGGGAAGAUGUACCCACCAGUGAAUGUUGUUAGAGAGAUCACUUACCACUUCUUCCUGCUACACAUACCUGAAGCAGUUUUUUCUUGGGAAUCUACAUGUUCCAUGCUUUUUCAGAAACUGAAGUGCCUGUGGCCAAUUGCACCAGCUGUUGUGUCAGUUAGUAUACCUCUUUGUUGUACUUUCUGGGCUUUUGCACCAGUGUGUUUUACUGGCCGAAAAGCCCAGGAUUGGAGUGAAAAAGCUCAAACCUUUUAAUAAUGACGUUCCUUAAAACUUUAGCUUAUUUUUGUAGUAUUAUGUGUAAUAUAUUAAACUUGAGAAUCACUACCGCCUUGUGCUGGUGCCAGCAAGGAGUUAAUUACUUUAGAGUUCUCAUUUUUUUUGACCUCCUAUAGGUUUCAGAUGAUUUGAACCUUACUACUUGGAAAGCUUAAGUUCUCAUUCACCCCAUUCCCCCCACCCCCUGGGAUGUAACUAAAGAUAUUCAGAAACUAGUUUAAGCCCUAAAUAUAACCUCACUCAGUGAACAUG